CAGUGGAUAGAAGUAGAGGAUCAAUGUCUCACAAUGUGCCAGAAAUCCAGGUCCCGUUGGGAGAAAAGCUGUCCACCAUUCAAGAUUACUGGAGCUAAGGAAUGAAAUCCCUUCCUAACUUUCUUAAGGACACAUAGUGAUGAUCUACAUCCUGGUUUGCCCAUUGUGAUCUUCCUUGUAUCUCCAUUGUCUAAGCCAUCUCUCUGCUUCAUAUCUUGUGCCAAAUAGAAGGACAUUGUUUGCACAUAUAUCCUUUCUAAACUAACCCAGGGCCAUCACCUUCUGUAUUUGUGACACUUUGGAAACCAGAGCAGAACCAUGUUCUACCAUUGGCCAUAUCAAGUUCAAUACGAUCUCAUUUCCUUCUUUACCAAUUACACUUCAAAAACUUCCACUUUCAAAUGAAAAUGCAUCAGUUCUAUUCCUUAAACUCAAACAUAUUUUCCCACUACUGCGAAAAAAGUAGCCAGUUUCACUUCAUUCACCAACUUGCUCCUAACCACAAAUGGAGCUGUUUGUAUCAGCCUCCUGCAUGGACUGGCUGCUUUACCUAUCAAAGCCUCUCAGCCAUGCACGAAGAAGAAAUAUACACCUCUCUUCAGUGGGAUAAUCCAACAUCAGAAACUUCUCAGAAAUGUCUGACUUCCACCAAACUUUCAGGAACAUACUGUGUUGUGAUGGCGAUUUCAUGGAUUUUCUGCAUAGGCUUGUUAACAACAUCCAUUUUCUUGGGCAUCAAAUUUUUCCAGGUAUCUACCAUCUCAAUGCAGCAGCAAGAAAAACUCAUCCACCAGGAAAGAGCAUUGUUGAACUUUACGCAAUGGAAGAGAAACCAUGACAUUCAGAUGAAAUAUUGUCAAACCUUGAUGCAAAACUCUUUCAGUUUGGCCUGUAACUGCAGUCCUUGUUCGGACAACUGGAUUCAGAAUGGAAAGAGUUGUUACUAUGUCUCUGAUAUUUGGAAAAGUUGGCUAGCCAGCAAAGAGGCUUGUUUGAAAGAGGGCUCCAGUCUUCUACAAAUAGACAGCAAAGAAGAAAUGAUCUUCUCUCAUAGGUUUUUAUCACCAAAAACUUGCAGAAGCUCAAAGCAGGCUAUGCGUACUGGGUGGAAAUAUCUCAGGACGGACUUCAGGCACCUUUGCUUUGGCAAGAUGGCUCCUCUCCUUCUCCCGACCUGUUACCAACAAAGGGACCCCAGUCAACCAACCAGCUCUGCAGAUUCCUCAAAGACAAUGUCCUUUUGUCAGAUAACUGUAACAACUGGAAAUAUUUUAUCUGUGAGAAGUGCUCAUUAAGAUGCUCUAUCUGAAAGAAUUUGCUCAAAAAGAUCUAUAACGCUGGUAUUUGAAACAGGCCAUUGAAAAACCUGCCACAAAAAGACUAAGAGCAAAUACAGAAGUACACCAGUGUAUGGGCUUUGAAACCAGCUUCCUAGAAAUCAACGCUUACUUUCAUAUUUUCACUUGGAAAUGUCUUCAACAAUUUGAAGAUUUCAGUUGACAUUGUUCAAAUUGCCAAUAACUUGAUUGGAAUUACAGAGGACCAGACAAUGAUGCUCUAUGAACAAACAAGAACAUAAUUUCCUUCCCUCCCUCCCUCUUUCUCUUUUCUUCCUUUCCCUUCCAUUCCCUUCUCCUCUCUUUUCCUCUCCUCUCCUCUCCUCUCCUCUCAAGGCCAUUGAGAAAAUAAAAUUUGUCUGUAAAUUGUCAGUGACUACUUGGAGAGAAUAUGUUUGAAAGUCAAUUAAUCCUCUUCAAAUAAAAUUAUCCUCUAUAUUCAAUCUCCUCUCCUCUCCUCUCCUCUCCUCUCCUCUUCUCUCUCUCUUUCUCUCUCUCUCUUUCAGAUAGAACUAGGAGACUCCCCCCCCCUCUCUCUCUCUUCUUUUGUCCAGAGAAAGUAUAAAUAUCACGCAGAAAUCAAUAUGUGAUUGGAGGAGGUGGUCCAGUUAUAACUGAUUGAUUUUUUUAAAUAAAUAAAUAAAUGUAAAGCUUGCAGCCUGCCAAA